AUGAAGUAUUUGGCUGCUUAUUUAUUAUCUACAAUGAGUGGAAAUAAAUCACCGACAGCAAAAGAUAUAGAGGAUGUGCUUGGAUCAGUUGGACUUGAUGUUGAUAUGGAAGAUGCGAAUAAAGUCGUGUCAGCCUUAUCUGGGAAAUCCAUUGAUGAGGUAAUUACAGCAGGUCUGGCGAAGAUCUCGUCAGUGCCUUCAGAUGCUGCAGUGUCAGCAAUAGCUCCAGUCGUUUCAGCAACUCCCACCGGUGCGUUACAAGCGGAAUCUAAAAAAGAAGAGAAGAAAGAAGAACCGAAAGAGGAAUCUGACGAAGACAUGGGAUUUGGAUUGUUCGAUUAA